GCAACCUUAGAAUAUUUUUUCUUCUCAGUUUCCAUAUUCUCAAACAUUUGGUGGGAAUACCCAUCAACAUUACACUACAAAACCAUCUGAUAAAUUCAAUCAUGAACAAGACAUUUCAUAUGUAGUAGCACUACAACUUAACAAAUUCUACCUAUAACCCUGUUGUGUGUAUUAAUCAUAAAUCUUUUUUCAUACCCUAUAACUACAAGUCUAUAUAAUCUGUCUCUACCCACUCAUUCAUUCAUCUGAAUUGAAAAUGUAUUCCAGAGCUGCACCGCCACACAUACUAGUGUUAGCAAUAACAUUGGUGUUGGUUAUGCAUGCAAAGGGGGAGUCAGCUCAAGAGAAACAGAAAUGUGCAGAAUCACUGACAGGGGUUGCAACGUGUCUGCCAUAUUUGGGUGGUGAGGGAAGAGCACCAACAGCAGAUUGUUGCAGUGGUCUCACACAAGCCUUGAAGAGCAACAAGAAGUGCAUCUGCGUUAUUCUCAAAGACAGGGAUGAUCCUGACCUUGGCUUGAAGAUUAAUAUUACAACUGCUGUUGGUCUCCCCUCUCUUUGCAAAACACCUGAUAAUCUCUCCCAGUGUCCUGCACUUCUGCACUUGGAUCCUAAAUCACGGGAAGCCCAAGCUUUUAAUCAAAAGGGUCAGAACUCCAAUGGUGACUCUGCCCGUCCUUCUCCCAGUUCCUCUGCUAGAGCAAGUUCUGAAAAUGGUAGAAACCAGGGGACUCAUGAAACGGACACAGCAAAGAAUGAUGCAUCUUAUAAAGGAAAGAGAUUGUUAGAAAGAUUUCUUGCAGUUGCAGGGCUUGUAAUUUGGGUUUUUUGAGCUCAGUCAGAUACUACCAAAUACGUUGUCUAUGAAAAUAUUGAAGAUUGUUAAAUUUUAUGCAGAAUUUGAGCAGAGUACGUUUACAACUGCUACAUUUAUCUGUCAUUACAAACUUGCCUACGAAAUAUAAUUCUACAAUAGUUGACUCAAUGAGAAAGGAUUCUUACUUCGUCAA